GAAGUUUAUCGUCAUCUCGCUGCCUUCUACGUCUAUACUAAUGCCACCGGAGGUUCCAGGCCUUACGCGAGGCCCUGAGCCGCUAUUUAUCUUCUCAUCUGCCUUGAUCCUAACGCUUUUGCCUUGUUUUCAUCCUUGGUUUGUUUUGCAGUCAAGUUACUGUGCUAGGGAUCGAACUACCUAAGGGCAAGGAAUCCACCACGGAAGGGUUUGCCAGUCCACGCGCAUUUUGAUAUCAUUCAGCAACCCAUGUCUUCGAGCCAGUUUCAAGGCGAGACCCGCGAUGCCGCCGGUCAGAGUAUUGAAGUAACUAAAGGAGCCGAACAGGCACGGCUAUGCAAAGCAUGCAAGAAGAUCUUCCAGACGGAUCUGCCAGGCUAUCAGAACGGGAUAUCGAAACAUAAAUGGCGCGAGGACCCGCACCACCAAACCAGCGAAAAUUUCAAAGAUGCAAUUACGCACGGGUGCUGGAUCUGUCACCGCUGGUUCCACACGGUUCUUGUUAAUCAGCGUUAUAGCGGGCAAUCCGGUGCUUCGGUGGCCGCGAUAUGGGCCAGAUGGCAAGAGGUCGAUGGCCAGAAACAGCCACAUGACGACUUGGGGUUCGGUUUCUCGGGGUACCGUGGUGACCCUAGGUCUGGGAGCUUUUUUUUAUUCCUUGAUGAGCGGUACUCCUCGCGUGACUACCGAUACCUGUACAACCUCACCUUCUGCUACACUCACGAUCCAGUCCGUCAUUAUACCCCCCAAUCGGGUUUCACGGGCUCGGAGGAGUGUCUCGUUCAGGCUAAGAGAUGGAUUCAAACUUGCACCCAGUCGCACAGAAAAUGUAACAGCGCUGAUAAAGAGGACUGGUAUCCGACAAGGCUCCUCGACAUUGGAAACCAGGAAGACCCUUCAUUGCGUCUUGUCCUGAAAUCAGAGGAACGGUUUCAAGGCGGAUACGCCUCCCUAAGCCAUUGCUGGGGCAAGUUUCAAAUUGCUCGCCUGCUCAAAUGCAAUUUGGGCGCACUUCGCAAGAGCAUCGAUCCCAAGACGUUAUCAGAGACUUUUCAGGAGGCUAUUAAUGUUACUCGUUUUCUCGGGGUGCGAUACAUCUGGAUCGAUUCCCUGUGUAUCGUUCAGGAUGAUGAUAUGGACUGGAUGCAAGAGUCAGCGCAGAUCAAGGAUGUGUACAGCAGAGCACUCAUAAAUCUGGCAGCAUCAGCGUCGACAGAUGGGUCAGGAGGACUUUUUCGAAGCCGGCGUCCAGAUCUGCUGCCGGCGUUCACGACUGCCACAUCCUGGCCUGGUAAAGAGCACAUUUGCGUCUGGAAUGAUACAUGGUCAAUGGAAGUCCGAGACGCCCCUCUGAACCAACGCGGCUGGGUGUUACAGGAGCAGCUCUUGUCUCCUCGCAUCCUCCACUUUGGCGAGAGCCAGGUAUACUGGGGGUGCUCUGAGAUGGACGCGUGCGAAAUAUUUCCGAAUGGCCGGCCACAUCAUGUGGUUUAUGAAUGGGGGAAGAACCGGGAUAGUUUCGCUCCUCACUUGAGGAAGAGUAGUCCAGAGGAACUAACCGACACUGACCGCCAUGCCGAGCUCUCAUACCGAUGGCGAUCGUUGGUUGAAACUUACAGUCUCUGCCAUCUAAGUUAUGAGGACGACAAACUCGUUGCCUUCAGCGGUAUUGCCAAAUACUACCAAUUCGAAGGGAACAAUGGUUACCUCGCCGGUCUCUGGCGAUCGGACCUGCUGGUGCAGCUUCUUUGGGCUGCCAACCAUGAACGUCACUUUAUUUCUACUGAAGGUCCCGAGAAACCAAGGCAAUAUCGUGCGCCGUCAUGGUCCUGGGCUGCCGUUAACGGACCAGUCGUUUACUACGUUGCUCGGCGAAUCUCGGAAGGCUUAGAGGUGUGGAUGGAGAUCCUAGAGGCGUCAACAACGGCAUUGUAUGGAGGCGACCUGUUCAUGCAACUGUCAGGUGGAUAUAUCGUCGUUAAAGGCGUACUGUCUACAACCAGUACCACGCUCAAAAGGUCUGGCACACAGUUUGCACUCCAGCAGGAAGAAUACCCACCGACGAGGGAUGAAAGCCGCCGAGCCUUUAACUUUGGCUACAUGGAUGUUGCGCAUGGUAUAGAGACAGUGACAGGCGUGUAUUGUUUGCUCGUGACAGCGAACAGCGAUCCGACGGACCCAGGCGUGAAGUGGCGAGGUCGAUAUCUGCUUCUCAAGAAAGCGUGUGACCAACCUCAGGGGUAUUAUGAAAGAGUCGGUGUUUUGUUUUCCGGAGGCACCCCAUUUCGGGAUACCGCUCGAGGCUGGAAAGAUAGCAUUAGCAGUCAGCCGCAGGAUUACUUGGAGGGCACGCCCGGAAACAUCGUCCUGGUAUAGGCUGCCAAAGCGGAGAAUCGUAUCUGCUCCCUAAACCAAAAAGGAGAUCAUAGCGGAACUUUAAUUUCACGGGGAAAGACGGGGUGCAUACUCGCACGGCGGAGGUGGGACUGAUGCAGAGUCAAUAACGAGACCUGCAACGCCUACAAUUCCAAUAGAAUCGACGGCGUUCCACCAUAUGUUUUGGACCAUACUACAGCAAUACCGAUUUACAUGAAUCUAUCCUCGGGACGCUUCUCUGUUAACGCGCUACCGCCGCACGAAUUUUGGUUGAACG